CCACACACACUGCUUCCUUGUUUUUUCUCUUAUUUUUUUUUUAUCCUUUUUUGCCUUUUCUUCGCUUGGCUUCAAAAUUUGAAAACGAGAUCCAAAUUGGAACCGGAACAGUGAAACUAGAACAAGUAGAAUCCUAAAUCUUCUCUCUCAAUUCCCAACCUACCUUCUCGUUUAGGAUUUAGGGUUUUUCCUCUUCGGUGACCUCCUUCGCUCGCUGUCAUGGAGGGCGGUGGAAGGAGGAUCACGGUGAGUCCGAGACCCUGCUGUGGUCGGCGAGUGGUGGCGAAGAAGAGGCCACGUCCUGUUGAUGGCUUUGUCAACAGCGUCAAGAAACUUCAGAGGCGCGAAAUCAGCUCCAACCGUGACCGUGCCUUUUCCAUGACUGAUGCUCAGGAAAGGUUUCGCAACAUCCGCUUGCAGGAAGAAUAUGAUACACACGAUCCAAAAGGCCCUUCGUCUGUUGUAUUGCCAUUUCUAAGAAAGAGGUCAAAGAUUAUUGAAAUUGUAGCGGCACGAGACAUUGUUUUUGCUCUUGCACAAUCUGGAGUUUGUGCUGCAUUUAGCCGAGAGACCAAUGAAAGGAUAUGCUUCUUGAAUGUCAGUCCUGAUGAAGUCAUAAGGAGUUUGUUUUAUAAUAAAAAUAAUGACUCGCUUAUCACAGUUUCUGUCUAUGCAUCAGACAGUUAUAGUUCUUUGAAAUGCAGAAGCACAAGGAUUGAAUAUAUAAGGAGGGUUAAACCAGAUGCUGGCUUUGCUCUUUUUGAAUCUGAGUCAUUGAAGUGGCCAGGUUUUGUAGAGUUUGAUGAUGUAAAUGGGAAGGUGCUCACAUACUCUGCACAGGAUAGCAUAUACAAGGUGUUUGACCUGAAAAACUAUACAAUGUUAUACUCCAUUUCUGAUAAAAAUGUACAAGAGAUUAAGAUCAGUCCGGGGAUCAUGUUGUUGAUUUUUGCUAAAUCAAGUAGCCAUGUCCCACUUAAAAUCCUCUCAAUAGAAGAUGGUACUGUUUUGAAAUCAUUUAACCAUCUCCUUCAUCGGAAUAAGAAGGUGGAUUUCAUUGAACAAUUCAAUGAAAAGCUUCUUGUGAAGCAAGAAAAUGAGAACCUUCAAAUUCUUGAUGUACGGACUUUUGAGCUAACAGAAGUUAGCAGAAGUGAAUUUAUGACACCAUCUGCAUUUAUAUUUCUGUAUGAGAACCAAUUAUUCCUGACAUUUCGAAACCGAACUGUGGCUGUGUGGAACUUCCGGGGAGAACUUGUAACUUCUUUUGAGGAUCACCUCUUGUGGCAUCCUGACUGCAAUACGAACAACAUAUACAUAACCAGUGACCAGGAUCUCAUCAUAUCAUACUGCAAGGCAGAUUCUGAUGAUUCUUUGUCUGAAGGAAAUGCUGGAUCCAUAAACGUUAGCAACAUUUUAACUGGCAAGUGUCUUGCGAAGAUAAGAGCGAGAAAUAGCUUUCCCAUGGUGAAGAAUUGCAGUUGCAAUGAUGACAAUUGUUCAAGUAGUGGUUGUAAUUCAGGGAAACGAAAGCAUGGCUCCACAAUUAGGAGCACAGUUGCAGAAGCCUUGGAAGACAUUACUGCUCUCUUCUAUGAUGAAGAGCGCAAUGAGAUCUAUACUGGUAAUAGGCACGGUCUUGUGCAUGUAUGGUCUAACUGAUGUACUGUUGAAUUCAUUGUUGCCUUGUGUUUCUUCCUUGGAUUUAUCCAUGGUUGUGUUGAUAACCUCGCCUGCUAUAUAAACUUUUGGGAGAGAUGUAGCCAUUAAGUCGUCAUGUAUCAUUAAUUUUUUUUUUUUUUUAAUUUGUCAUUACAUCAUAGGUAAAUUUAAUCUGUAGGUGGAACAACUCUGUAUCAAGUGGUACUGUAUGCUUGUAGCUCACAUCAUGUUGUUUAAGCUGUAAUUUAUAUUACAUUUAUGGAGUCACCUCUAUGAAGUAAAAUAUGUGAAUAAUGUUAACAAUAUUUUCUACUCUUUGACACUUUUGCCUUGUGGUGGCCUACAAUGGUGUGAUCUGCUUGCUCUCUCACAUGGAUUGCUAGGGACGCUAUGUCAAAUGUGUGGGGUAAAGGAAAAAGCAAUCAGUAAUGAGAAGUGUUGUAGCUUUUUACUCACUGGUUUCUGUUGGUACUUAAAUCAAUUCACUUUUUGCUUUCUCAC